GCGUGAAAUGGGCGACGAUAUCAUGACGGGCGACGAGGGUUGGGAUUCCGGGGGGGAUUCAUAUUCAGGGUCGGGGACUUCAUCUUCAUCUUCAGCUUCAUCUUCAUCUUCAGCUUCAACUUCAUAUUCACAUUCAUAUCCAGGGUCAGGGCCAGCUUCACAUCCAGCUUCACCUCCAGUCUCAUCUCCUCCUCCUCCUUCAGCUUCACCUCCUCCUCUCCCUCCUCUCCCACCAUGACCCAAACCACCAUCCCGCUGCCCUCCCCAGGCACCGUCGUCGAGACUGAUCUUCUGAUCAUCGGCGCUGGUCCUGCCGGUGCAGCGCUGGCAUGUUUCCUCACACAGCACGGCCUCAAGGGCAUUAUGUUGGCAUCCACGCCCACCACCUCAGAUACCCCCCGAGCCCACAUCACCAACAUGGCCGCCCUCGAGUGUCUGCGUGACAUCGGGCUCGAGGACGAGUGUAUCAAGGUCGCCGUCAAGGGCGACUGCAUGAAGCACACCCGCUGGUGUCGCUCCAUGGUCGGCGAGGAGUUUGCCCGCACCUAUUCCUGGGGCAACGACCCUCAGCGCCUGGGCGACUACGAUGCGGCCAGCCCGUGCAACCAUGUCGAUAUCCCCCAGACCGUCCUGGAACCCAUCCUCGUCCGCCAUGCAAGUCUCAAUGGCUUUGCCACUCGUUUCAACACUACCUUCCUCUCAUUCGAGCACGAAGCCGCGGGCACCAUCCUCAGCACGGUCCAGGAUAACAUCUCCAACCAGCUCUACCAGAUCCGCUCUAAAUACCUCUUCGGCUGCGAUGGGGCGCGGAGUCAGGUGCUGAGACAGCUGAAGAUCCCAUUGAUCAGGAAGCCUGGCCAGGGUCUCGCCAUCAAUGUCUUGGUCAAAGUAGAUCUGGAACAUGUGGUCGAGAACAGAAUGGGCAACCUGCACUGGGUGAUGAGACCGGACGAGGAGGCGCCUGACUUUGCAAACACGUGCAUUGUCAGGAUGGUCAAGCCUUGGAAUGAAUGGAUGUUCAUCCUUUUCCCAAAACCUGGAGCGGGUACAGAGUUUAAUCCGACCCACGAGGAAUAUCUUGAUUGUGUAAAGAAGAUUGUGGGUGAUGAAUCGCUACCAGUUGAGAUCCUUGGUAUUUCCAAGUGGUUCAUCAACGAAAUCGUCGCUGAAUACUACUCCGAGGGCAACAUAUUCUGCCUUGGCGAUGCCGUCCACCGCCACCCCCCUCUCAAUGGUCUCGGAUCCAACACCUGCAUCCAAGACGCCUACAAUCUCGCGUGGAAGAUCGCCUACGUAAUGAAAGGAAAAGCAGACCCGAAGAUCCUCGAGUCUUUCAGUCCUGAACGUCAGCCAGUUGGACAAUCCAUAAUUACUCGCGCGAACCAGGGCCUUCGGGAUCACGCCCCUGUGUGGGAGGCUCUGGGUAUGAUGGACCCCUCAUUGGAAGUCCGGAAAAGGCAGUUUGCAGAGCUAUCAGAGGCAUCAGAAAAGGGAGCUGCAAGACGAGCCAGGCUUCAGAAAGCGGUCAAUGACACAGCUCACGAGUUCCACGGCGUUGGCGUCGAGAUGAACCAACGCUACGAAUCCAGCGCCAUCUAUCUCAAGGAUGAAAAUCCACGACCACCUCUCCCCGCCGAUCCUGUCCUCGAGCACGAGAUCACAACAUAUCCUGGAAGCAGACUACCACACGCCUGGAUCAACACCAAGAUCCCCGGAAAGCAAUUCUCGACCAUCGAUCUUGCUGGCCACGGUGCUUUCUGCCUCAUCACCGGCAUCGGCGGCGACAAGUGGAAGGAAGCUGCCGCUGCGGCCUCCAAGGCUCUCGACGUUGAGAUCCGAUCCUACUCUAUUGGCUGGAAUCAGGAUUACGAGGAUGUGUAUUUCGAUUGGGCGCGGAGGAGAGAGAUCUCGGAGGAUGGCUGCGUGUUAGUCCGCCCUGAUCGAUUCGUGGCGUGGAGAUCACAGGGAAUCAUCACGAACCCGGAGGAGAAGCUACUACAUGUGUUGAAGACUAUCUUGAGUCGAUAGGAAGGGGGGUGAUUGGAUUAGACGUCUGCCAUGUUCAAGUAGUAGCAUAUUUCAGCUAGUUCCCUAUGUAGAAAGAUAUCAUAUUGGCGUAGGAUUAUCUCCCC